UUCUACAAAGAUGGCGGUCUCGGUGCGCUCAAGUUGGUCUUGGUGCCAUGUAAAAUGCAAGUCUAGAUUGGAAGAUACCUUUCUAUAUAUAUAUAUAUUCUGUUCUGUGGUGUCCAAGUAAUUUUUCAAAUCUUGGCUUGGCUUGUUGGCUGGUAGUGCAAUCUAAUAUUAUUAUAGUUUGGUAGUUUAUUUUAUUUUGGCACAAUAUUCAUUUGGAUGAAAAAUACUAGAAUGGAGUCAGAAUUCAAGGAAGAAAUUGAAGCAUUCCUGAAUGCUCCAAUGGAUAUUGGCAGAAGCACCCAUGAAUUAUCCUUGAAGGCUGAAUUAGACUAUGAGAAUCAGUCAAAAAUGUCCACAUGUGACCAGGGGACAGAUAGCCAAUCACCAGUCUCAGAGCACAAUUCAUUGAGUGGAAAAUCAGAUUCAAGGUUGACUAGAGCCAUUGAAAGAGAAGUGUGUGGUGGUAGAAUAGCCAAAGUAGUAUCAGUAAGUUUGGAGGAUUCGUUUGAAGGCUGCAAUCAACAGAAGUUAUGUCCAUACCAGAUGGCGACAGUUACUGUUAAAAAGGAGGAGGAGGAGGAGGAGGAGGAUGAUAGCAGUCAGCAACCAGCUGCAGUGGAAGAUGAUUACAGCCAACAACAUUAUCUAAUCCCUGGCUACAACAUGAUCUUCAUCAAAGAGGAGGCAUAUGAAACAACCAAGGACACCUCAUCAUCAGAUCAUGAUAUGCCAUCAUCACAAUCUGUGCUGAGUAUUGUUGAGUCAGACAAGGAGCGAGAAUAUCGACCCACCACCAGCUCCAGUCAGGCAGAUUCAUGCAAAGAGGAUGAGGCCUAUUUCAUCGACAAAACUGCAUCAUCACCAACACCACCACCUAUAACUUCUUCACAGGAUUACAGUGGUGAUCAUUCUGAAAUCAUUGACGGUGAACAGAGUGAGGGGGAAGAGGAACAUGAAAAAACAUCAAAGCGGGUCAGAAACAAAGAUUACUGUUUUUAUUGUAAAACAAUGAUUUCUACUUUUGCCCGACACAUCAUAAGAAACCACUCAAAAGAGAUGGAAGUUCAACAAAUUCUGAGCUGCAAGAAAAAUAGUAGCAGAAGGAAAACCCUCUUGUCAAUCCUGAGGAAAAAGGGCAACUUUCUUGCGACCAAAACUGGGAUCAUUCGUCGAGUUCGAAAAAGUGCUGAUGAUAAUGAAACAAUAGGUCCUUUGCCUUGCACUUUUUGUUUAGGUUUAUAUAAGAGAUCAGCGCUCUGGAAGCAUCGAAAAAAAUGUCCAUUGAACCCUGGUUCUAGUUGCAGGGUUGCAGCUCAGGCAGCAGGCCUUGCAAUGAUAACAAAUGACUUCAAAGCUGAUCAUGAAUUGAGACAGAACAUUUUUCCAAUAAUGAGGCCUGAUGAGGUUACAAUCGCAGUCCAAAAAGACACAUUGAUAUGUGAGUAUGGUUCUCGUUUCCUGCAAACUCACUAUAAAAGGCACCAAUUUGCAAUUUGCUCAAGAAAAAUGAGAGAGCUUGGCAGAUUGCUUAUAACUGCUAAGAAAAUUGAUCCGUCGAUCAGGAAUUUGAUCCAUGCUUUAAGACCCCAGUGUUUUGAAACUCUUGUAGCAUCUGCAAGGAUAGAGGCUGGGCACAAUGUAAUUGACAAUUCAUAUGCUUCUCCAAGGUAUGCUAUGAAUAUAGGGACUUCUCUAAAGGACUGUUGUGGAAUAGCCAUCUUCCAUGUGCAGAAGAGGAAGUUUUGCAUACCAGGCAAAACGGCCUCUGAACUUGAAGAGGAAUUGAAAACAACUAAAAUGCUGAUAGAAUCGAAUUGGAAUGUCGAACUUUCGCAUGCAGCCUCAUCUUGUCUUCAACAAAAUAAAAUGAACAAAAUUACUAUUGUGCCACUGGCAAGUGACCUUAAAAAAUUCAGAGAUUAUCUAAUUGACAAAGGGGACGAAGCAGUAGAAACGCUUAAGAUUGACUCAAAUAAUAAGUUGGCUUACAAGACUUUGAGUGAGGUCCUCUAUUGCAGAGUGGUGCUAUUAUGUAGGAGAAGGGUGGGAGAGCUUGAAAGGCUCACUGUGGAGCUCUACCAAUCAGUAAGAAUUGAUUCAUGCUAUGAAGAAUUUGAGGAUGUGAUAAAGCCAUCUGAAAGAAUACUUUUGCAAAAAUUCAAAAGAGUAGUAGUACCGGGAAAGAGAAGAACCUCUCCAGUAUUAUUCUCUCCUGAUGUUCAGGAAAAAAUAAAAAUUCUGAUUGAAUUGAGGGACAAGUUUGUAAGGGAAACUAAUCCUUACCUGUUCCCGACAAUUGCAUCUGACAGCCCAAUUGUUGGGUAUGAAGUUUUGAAAGACCAUGCAAAUAGAGCUAACCUGAAGACACCCGGCGCAUUCUCGUUGAAAUCUCUGAGGAAGCAUUUAUCAACUAUUUCACAGUUGUUCGAUAUGAGUGAGCAAGAUGUCGAACAGCUGUCCUCGUUCAUGGGUCAUACAGUGAACAUUCAUCGAAAUGAAUACAGAUUACCCGACAAUGUAUUUCAAACCUCGAAGAUUGCGAAGCUAUUGUUAGCUAUGGAGAAGGGAGAGGCUUCCAAAUACAAGGGGCUCACCCUCGACGAGAUAGAAGUUAAUCUUGAAGACAAUUUAUUAGAGGAGCAGGAGCAUGUUGAAUCGUCAGGUGAAGAACAAGUUGACAACUUUGAAGAUGAAGGAGUUUUGAAUGAGGAAAAAUCUCCAAAUGUAUUCCCCCUCAAAAUCUUGAAAAUGCUCAAUUCUCCUUCAAAAUCUAAAGCCAAGAGGGAACUAGUAAAAUGGGAGGAUGAAGAAAAGAGGAUUGUCGCAGCUUUCUUUUCAUCCCAUAUAGAAAAUAAAAUUGCUCCAAAGAAAAGAGAGUGUGAACUACUAAUUGAGAAAAACCCUAUUCUACAAACAAAAACAUGGGUUAAAGUUAAAGUUUUUGUUCAGAAUAUAUACACAAAAAAAAAUUAAACCACCAAAAACAUAAUAAUUCACAUUGUUAUUUCAAUUUUAAUCUCUAUUAUAUUUAUCUCUAGAAUUGUGAUCACUAUAACCUUGGUGUCCGGUUUCCCAUUAGGGACUGUAUACGGCGAGGUGGAACUGCCCUUGGGUCUCCCCACCAUUCAAUGCCAUAUGCUUAUAAUAAUAAUCUCUAGUAUAUUAUCUCUCAGUACCAGUAUUCUAUUUCUAUUGUUUUACAAAAUGUUGUUGAAAGUUCAUUCUAUUUUACAAAUUGACUAUUCUUAUUAUUGGGAUUCAAAGUGAUUGCAAUACUAAAUCAAGUAAUAGGCUAUUGUUAAUUCAGGAAAAAUAGAAUCUGGAUAGGCUACUAAAAUAGAAUCACUUUAAUACUGUUAUUUGAUCUACUUAUUUGUUUAUGUAUUUUCCCAUUCGUACAUCUAUUUCUAACUGUAUUCUAUUGAGUGUGAACUAUUAAUUGAGAAAACCCGUAUCCUACAAACAAAAACAUGGGUUAGAGUUAAAGUUUUUGUUCAGAAUAUGUACACAAAAAAAAAAUUAAACCACCGAAUACAUAAUUUACAUUGUCAUUUCAAUUUUUAUCUCUAGUAUAUUAUCUCUCUGUAACAGUAUUCUAUUUCUAUUGUUUUACAAAAUGUUGAUGAAAAUUCAUUUCAUUCUACUCAUUAUCUAUUAUUAUUUUUUUUAAAUUUAAAGUGAUUGAAAUGCCAAAUCAAGUAAUAGGCCAUUAUUCAGGAAAAAUACUGUAAUAGAAUCUGAAUCUGAAUACUGAAAUAAAAUCACUUCAAUACUUUCAUCAAUUUACUUAUUUGUCUAAGUAUUUUUCUAUUGGUUCACUUCUUUCCGACUUUAUUUUAUUUCUAUUGUUUUGCAAAAUAUUGAUGAGGAUUACUUUUAUUUUACCCAUUAUCUAUUCUUAUUUUCUUGCUAUAAUAUUCAACUCAAAGAACUAG